AUGUCUGUUGACUGUUACGAUAGCAGACAGUUAUUUUCGUUUAUAGAAUCAUCCGGUCUAUACAUGAUUCCCUACCAGACAACACAUCAUUUAAGAAAUUCGAGCUCUUUACUGGAUUUAUGUAUUGCAGAUGAUUCAGAGAAGAUCGCAAAUUUUGGUCAGCAUGACAUGUCCUUCUUGUCGGCUCAUGAUCUUAUUUUUAUACACUACAAAAUCAGUUGCGAACGUGUUUUCAGGCGUGAAGUCUGUUGUCGAGACUACAGGAGUUUUAAAGAGGCGGACUUUUUUCUGGAUUUACAAGCUAAGGACUGGAACAGUAUCAUGACUUCAGAAUCUGUGGAUGAAAAAGUUGACAAAUUGAAUAAUUACAUAUUACAAUGUAUGGAUAAGCAUGCACCUAUACGGCAGAGGAGCUUUAAGAGUUUUCCUGCGCCCUGGCUUACUGAUGACAUAAAGGCUGCAAUGAGAGAGANGGAUCGUACACGCAGAAGAUGGCGAAGAACAGGAAACCAUGAUCUUUAUACGGUUUUCAAGAGAUUGCGCAAUCAUGUACAAAAACUGGUGCGUACUGCUAGGAACACGUAUUAUUUGCGAAUAUUUAAGAAGGAGAAAGAUCCAUCCACUAUAUGGGGACAUCUGAGACAUUUGGGUCUCGUCAGGGCGAAGAGUUCUGGUGGUUGUCUGGCCUUUCCGGUAGAAGAGCUUAACAAUUUCUUUGUGCAGAACUCCGGUGGCUCUUCUGUUGAUACCGCGGAUCUACAUCAGCAUCUCCGAACGUCUAUGGAGAGUGUUUUUGACGAUAGUAAGUUCUACUGGACGCACGUUACUCCACAAUCGAUACGAACUAUUGUUUCUAAAAUAAGAACCAAUGCCGCUGGAUGUGAUAAUAUACCGUUGAAUAUUAUUUGUCUAAUCUUGCCAUACAUCAUGCCAAUAAUAGAGCAUAUUUUUAAUUAUUCUUUAUCUCAUGGCAUCUUUCCUGGAGUGUGGAAGAAGGCUGUUGUAUGUCCAAUACCUAAGAUUAGCAACCCCACAGCUCUGCAGCACUAUAGGCCGAUUGCCAUUCUUCCGACGUUGUCAAAAAUCAUGGAGCGAACGGUGUGCAAUCAGAUUCAGGACUAUUUAGAGGAUAAUAAUCUUUACGAUCCUUACCAGUCGAAUGCAGUUAUGGAGCAAUAUGCUAUAGUAGAGUUUUUUGAUGGAUUGCAAAUGAUACCCUUUUCUUGGAUGACAGAAGAUAAGAAAUAUGCNUACUGGCCUACUUUCACAUCAAAUAAAGCUGUGCAAAAAUGUAUCUCAAAAAUAGAUAAUUGGCCGCUGCAUGAAAUAAAGAGGAUUCUAGCAACUGCAA